AUGGUCCCGAGCAUGAAAACUAAGCCCGUAACACCAGCUGUAUUACAACUAGUGAAUAAUGGACUGGCCGCUGACGAUGAGGAUGGAGAUGAUGCUGUUGUUGAUGCUGCUGGUGCGGUCGUUGAACCGCGUCCGGCAGUGGUGUCUGAGUUCUUUGUGUUGGUAGUACUCGUACCAUUUAGACUGAGCGGUGGCAAUGUAUUGAUUGUCGUAGAAGCGGAAGCAGGAGAUGUCGAUGAAGACCCAGCUUCAGCGCUAGCACUAACUCUUGAAGCCAGAGGACGAGAGGACGAAAACGGCCCAAUGGCAGGGAACGGCAAAGUAGCAGGGAGCGUUGUGAAUAAGGGCAGUGAAGUAACAGACAGACCACCGGGAAUAUUGCUAUCGAUCUCGCAAAGAUCGUUGAGGUCACUAUCCAUCGUCUCCUGGUCAUCUUCCGUGCACGAGAUUGCAGAGCACUGA